AUGACGGAUUAUAAAGAGGAACAAAGAAAUGAAAUCGAAGCAUUACAGUCCAUAUACCCUGAUGAAAUCGAAAUUGUAUCUGAAAAACCGUAUUACACAUUCAAGUUGAGUGUUCAGCCUCAGAAUGCUGAAAACUUUCCUGAUCAUGCAAUGUCUGCCGUGAUAGCCUUUACCUACACCGAGGACUACCCAGACUCGGCACCUAUUAUGCAGUUUGACUCCACUGAGAAUAUGGAUGAUGCCCAGCAGGACUCUCUCAUGGAGUUCAUGAAGUCUCAGGCAGAAGAGAAUCUAGGAAUGGCAAUGAUUUUCACCAUAGUCUCUGCAGUGCAGGAGAGGCUGACUGUGAUGAUGGAACAGGCUGCUAAGGAUGAAGAGGAUGCAGAAGAAAGAAAAAAGAUUGAGGAAGAGGAAGCAGAGAUGAAAAGAUUUGAGGGUACACGGGUAACUGUAGAGACAUUUAUGGCAUGGAAAUUGAAGUUUGAUGCAGAAAUGGCAGAACUGAGAAGGCUUAAAGGACUUGGAGAUGCUGGCAACAAAAAACCUACAGGCAAGGAACUGUUCUUGUCUGACAACUCCAUGGUGGAUUCUGAUGUCAAGUUCUUACAGUCAG